AUGGACAACUGUGAAGACUUGAUCCCUGAGUACGUCAACUUCAUCAAGGGCGUGGUCGACAGUGAGGAUUUGCCCCUCAACAUUUCACGUGAAAUGCUCCAACAAAACAAAAUCCUUAAGGUAAUUAGAAAGAACUUAGUUAAGAAAUGCUUAGAACUCUUCGAGGAGUUGGCUGAGGACAAGGAGAACUACAAGAAAUUCUACGAACAGGUCAGCAAGAAUCGAAAAGCUGAAGCUGGGUAUCCACGAAUAUUCCCAAAACAGAUCCAAAUUGGCAGACUUGCUUCGUUACCACACAUCUGCCUCCGGCGAUGA